UGCGGCUACAGAGCCUCCCGUCUCCUCUCUGCUCUCCGGCCUCCUCUCUCCUCUCUGAAGAUGAAGAUCUGGGCUUCUGAGCACGUCUUUAACCAUCCAUGGGAGACGGUGACCAAGGCGGCAAUGCAGAAGUACCCCAACCCCAUGAACCCCGGUGUGUUUGGUGUGGAUGUUCUGGACAGAAGCGUUGACACACAGGGGCGGUUACACAGCACCAGACUGCUCAGCACAGAGUGGGGGCUUCCCGCCAUGGCCAAGUCUAUGAUCGGGGUAACAAGGACAUGCACUUAUGUUCAGGAACAUUCAGUUGUGGACCCCAAAGAGAAGAGCUUUGAGCUGAAAUCUACAAAUAUCUCCUUCACUAACCUCGUAUCUGUGGAUGAGAAGUUGACCUACAAGCCACAUCCGCAGGAUCCUGAAAAGACGGUGCUGACACAAGAGGCUCUGAUCAGUGUGAAAGGCAUCAGUCUGAGUAGCUACCUCGAGGGUCUCAUGGCCAAGACCAUCUCUACCAACGCCGGCAAGGGUCGGGAGGCAAUGGAGUGGGUCAUCAGAAGAUUAAACACAGAAAUUGAGGAGUUGGCGGCGACAGCUCGUGGUUCUAUACGUGCUCCAAUGGCGGCGGCAGUCGCAGACAAAUGAUCCCAGCCUUCCCACUGCUUCCUCCACCAUCAUGAACCGAUGGAUCUCUCAGACAUUUCCCCUCACCUGAUCUGCCCACACAGCCUAAUAACCACAGCCCCACCUGUUGGCCCUACAUGCAUUUGUUUCUGUGCGUUUGUCCCUCCUCAGCAGUCCGCGCAGACGACUUUGAUACUCGGCGCUGUGGACAAUGACGGGGAGUGUUGAGCUAAUGACAGUUUUAAAAAAAACGGGGCUGAAUUGGACUGCACUUGAAGCUCAUAGGACUUAGUCUUGUGACGUUAAAGCUCUUUCUUUUUUUGAAUUCACACGGUGCCUCCACAUUUCAUAAAUGUUCUUCUUGUCUGUCUUCCCCCUCCUUCAUCUUGACUUUUUCAUGUCUCUCUAAUGUUCUCUUCCUAUCGUUUCUAAAUCCUCGUAAGCAACUUGAGUACUGGUAACAGCUGAGAUGAAGGCACUUUUCUCCAACUUUUUCUGGAUUGGCUGAACUUGCUUUGUACGACAGAACUGACCAAAUGAUCUCAAGCCAAAAAGACCCCAAUGCAAACAGGCUGUAUUAAAGUUAGGCGCUGCUUCAGCAAUCGUUUCCUGUGUUAUCGAAGCUGCAGGCUUUUCAUUCUCGACGGUCAUGUGAGGUCAGAUACUGAGCAAGCUGAUAAUCCAGAUAAGUCUGCGGUCUUUUGCGCCACAUGACCAGUUUGUGGCUUUAUGAAAACGGUGCUGUAAAACAGAGUACUUGUCCAGCUCUGGUACAACUGCCACUCUUGUGCCAUCAGGUGGAAAUCUACCAGCAUGUUGGACUGGUCUUGAUUCUGGUCAUACAAAUGGGUAUAAAUGACUUUAUUUCUUGAAGUCUUUCUUGCCUUUGUUAGUAGUUAAGUGUGACUGUAUACGAUUGUGCGUACUGAAUGUCUAACUUAUUUUCAGCUUAAUAACUUAAAGCCAGGAUGUCCCUGAAAAGUUGCAAAAUGAGGUUGUGAACAUUCAGCAAUGUUGUAGAAAGAGCUCUGCAGGGUUACAGGAUCACAGGAUGUGCAAACAGAAACUGUGAAGAUUGAAGUAUUUGUACUGAUUUAAUACCCCCAAAAACUUUAUUCAUGACCAUGAACAUAUGUACCCACUGUCCAUAUUCUUAAUGUCUAUAGUUGGUGUUAUUUAAAGUAUAUUUGUAUAAGUGAACAUUGACAAAGGCUGUUAAAUAGAUUUUUAAAAAGUUGUCAGCUUGUUGUUUUUAUACUACAUGUACCUUCUUUAUCCCACAUCAGACUCUCAGGUUGACUUCAGUGCAGUUUCCCUGUUUGCUCCCUUCAUAAACACCACACUAAGAUGAAGGCGACAUUACUUUAACUCUUGUUCUUCCCUUUUCUUCUCUUCCUCUUUUAGGAAUGUUAAUAAGGACAGUUCUACAGAUUAAAGUUUACAAUGACGGGGUUUGCGGUACAACGAAAGCUAUUUGAUGAUCAGUUCAGUAUAUCUGUGUAUUCAAUAGGUCAGUCUUCUUCACACCUGCUUCCAGUUCAGCUGAGCUUCUUUUUAAAUGUUUGUUCAUAAUUGUCUAACUCCUCAUCGUGUCCUGCUCAGGAUCAUGAUCCGUUUGAAGUCUGGUCAGCUGUCUAACUGACCCAUCAGCCAGUUGGUAACCUCAUAGUGUCUCAUUUCAUGACCGAAGUGUGAUGUUUUUCUACGGGAACAUUUUAGGAACAGUGGCUGUAAAUAGGCUUAUAUUUAUAUUUUGGUGGUGUUACAUUCCAAGAAUGUGAACAUGUAACAGGAUCAAAAGAGUACACACUGAAAUGUUUCAAAAUAAAGAGAUGUCAUUGUUUCAUGAA